GAUAUAAGUGAUGGCCAUGUACUUGGCAACACACAGCUUGAGACCAUCAAAAUUCUGUAAAAAUGGCAGCCAAAAUGCCCCUUUUUUCUUCUUUGAACACCCAUGUUCCUGUCUUACCGAAGUCAUCAUCAUUACCAUCAUCAGCUUUCCCUCAGACUUUUCGUUCACCAAAGAAAAAUACCAAACAAUUCAAAAUACGCGCAAAUAUAGGGGGAGCAGAUGAAGAGCUGAAGCCCAAAGGGAAGAAGAAAUUCAUAACUAGAGAAGAAGAACCAGAACAAUAUUGGCAAUCAGCAGGGGAGAGGGCAGGAGAGAAUCCCAUGAAGACCCCUCUGCCUUACAUUAUCAUAUUUGGUAUGUCAACACCAUUUGUUAUCCUAGCUAUUGGUUUUGCCAAUGGUUGGAUUAAGGUACCUGUUCGAUGAGCUAAACCCCCAUAGAAUCUUUCAUUUUGAUUCAGUUCAUUAGCAAAUUUCUAAUGUAAGCACAUAUUCCAACUUGUUCUGAGACUUAAUGUUCUUGUUUCUUCAAGUUCAAGUACAUGGUCAUGCUACAGAAUCAAUCAAAUGUAUGAAUUAUAUCGAUCUUCUCAUUGUAUUUGAGAGUAGAAAUUCAUGAACUUAGGGAUAAAGGGAUAAAUUAUCAUACAGAAACAGGAAUAGAAACUACAUAUAGCAUUUGUAUGGCUAAUGAUCCUUCUAUACCAAUUCUUAUCUUACGAUAUCCAUCGCCAAUAUUUUCUUUCCUUCACCAAUAUGUCAAAAUCAUAAAAUCAUUUAGGUCUC